AUGAUUUCUUUCAUCGAUAUUGUCUCAUCGAUAUCGUGUUACAAAUGUUUGUCAAUUAAUGGAAGUAAUCCAUCAUGUGAAGAUCCAUUUCAAGGUGAUGUAACGGGUAAAUUAUCACUUCUUUAUACUCCAUGUUUAACUAAUUUACGUGGACGUAAUGGUUUAUUUCCUGCAACACAUUGUAUUAAACUAGUAGCCCGUUCUAGAGCACCUAUUCCUAUUCAAUAUAUGUAUCGAACGUGUGGCCGAGAUGAAGCUGAUGAUAAUGGAAUAACUCGUUCUAGUCAUUGUGGCUUUCUUAAACUUGAUUGGAUUGAUAAAAAUCAACGAUUUCGAGGUUGUUUAAAUAUAUGUGAUAAAGAUGCAUGUAAUCAAGCUUCUUAUUCUAUUUAUUCAAUAUGGAAAAUUAUAUAUUGUUUUAGUAUAUUAUUUAUAAUUUCAUUCGAGAGUUUUAUAUAA